UAGGAAAGUCUGUAAAUAUUGCUAUAAUUCUGGCCACACUGAUUAUUGAUGGUAAAAAGUAUGGUAUGCAUCCAUUCCUGACCCCCCUACGGAGCAUGGAGGAUCACCAGCCACUUCCAGGUAUUAAGGUUGGAGAUAUUGGACCCAAACUUUCCAUUAAUUCAGCUGACAAUGGAUUUCUCAUCUUAAACAAUGUCAGGAUCCCAAGGGAGAACAUGUUAAUGAAGAAUGCCCAGGUCAGUAGGGAAGGUCAUUUUACAUCUAGAGGCCCAAACAAGGGGAAUUAUGCUGCCAUGAUGUUGGUCCGAGUCAAUAUAGUAAACUGGUGCUUCACCUCCCUUAGUAACACCAGUACAAUAACUAUACGAUACUCCUCCAUUAGACGGCAAUCCAAGCUUGAUCCAAGUCAGGAGGAGACCAAGAUCCUUGACUACCAGACACAGCAGUACAAGGUCUUCCCAGCUCUUGCUACAACCUACGCCUUGUUCUUUGUCUCCAAGACUCUCCGUAACCGCUAUUUGAGAAUCCAUACUGAAAUGUUGAAGGGCAAUUAUCAAAACUUAGCAGAGAUUCACUGUCAGUCGGCCGGUAUGAAGGCCCUGGCGUCGGAGAUGACGGUGGAGGUGAUGGAGGUCAGCAGACAGGCCUGUGGGGGACACGGUUACCUGGCGGCCGCUACCCUGGGGGACGCCGUGGCAGCCUCCAAAUCCCUUAUCACGGCAGAAGGAGAGAACACUGUACUCUAUCUACAGGUGGCCAGAUACCUGAUGAAGAGGUUUGCUGCUGCUGUCAGUGGGGAUACACUGUCAGGGUCAACUGACUACCUUACAAUGGACCCCAGUAAAUACAUGUGUCCCCUCAAAUCCUCCAGGGACUGUAGAAAUGUGGAACUACUGUGUGAUGUGUACAGAUUCAGAGCAUUCUUAAUGAUAGCCAAGACUGCAAGAAAACUACAAAGUGAUAUAGAGGCAGGGAAAAAACAGGCUGUAGCUAUGAAUGACAAUUUAGUACAACUGGUCCGCGCAGCAAAGGCCCACAUCAUGUACUGUAUGGUUAAAGACUACAGAGAGAGUAUGAGUCAGCUACAGACAAGCUUGCCUGUUUCCAGUGCUCUUCACAAUCUCAACAUCUUCUUCACUGUAUUCAACAUGGUUAAAAAUGCAGGAGAUUUCUUAGAAACAGAAUCUAUUGGUCUGUCACAGAUGGAAUGGCUGAAAGAAGUAGAGCUUCAAAUGUUAGCUAAAAUCAGACCAGAUGCUGUGUCACUAGUUGAUUCCUUUGACAUCCAUGAUGACACCCUUGGGUCGGUGCUUGGGUGCUAUGAUGGAAACGUUUAUGAGAGAAUGCUGAAAUCAACGGAAAAUGAACCUCUCAACCAAUCUGAUGUUCACUAUUCCUAUCACCAACACCUGAAACCCUUCUUACAGAGGAACAAUCACUCAAAACUGUAGAGGACACUUACUUAGAAACAACCACUAAAAAUUCUAAAGGAUACAUACCAAGGAACAAUAACUCAAAACUGUAAAGGACACUUAACGGUGCAAAUACUGGAGCAUGAGUUAUAGGAAACAUUGUGUUUAUACAUGUAAAGGUGUCUGUUUAUCUCCAGUUUACAUAGUAAAGGACAAUCACUCAAAACUGUAAUGGACAUACUACUGGACAGAGGAACAAUCACUCAAAACUAAAAAGGAAAUAUACAGAGGAACAGUCACUCAAAACUGUAAAGGACACUUACCUAUGCAUAUACUGGAGCAUGUGUUAUACUAGAACAUUUGUGUUUAUAAAGGUAUAUAUAUCUCCAGUUUACAUGGUUUCUGCUUGAUUGUUGCAAUAACAUAAUGGAGAAAUUAACUUUUUUACCCCUAAAAAAGAUUUAAGAUAAAGAGGAAAUUUACAGUAUGACCUAUAGAAAAAAAUGGAUGUCCCUCUUAAAAAUGUUUAUAAUGUUAUGUAUUUAAUGCUGUUACUACUUUUCAAGAGCAUAGCUAUGGUGAUUUUGUAUGAUAAACAAUUUUUGGGAUACAAUUUAUGGAAAUUUCUAAAUUUAUGGUCCUGGAUAAGGGAGGUUUACUGUUACAGUAUUAAGAUUUGUAGCAUUAAUUUCUUACACAUUUGAUGAGAAAGAUUUAAAUGGCAUUGAAAAAAGACAAGGAUGAUCUGUUGGACUAUCUGUGAUAUUUUUAUCUCUGUCAUUGAUUUUAUUGCCACUUUAAAAAAAAAUUAGCAUAAUUGUUUUGUUUUAGAUUUUUCACUGAAUAUUGAAUUUGAUUCCUGGUUGUUGAUUAUGUUAAUAUUUGUUUUUAUUUCGGCUUACUCACUUUUAUUCAUGCCUGUAACAUGAAUUUAUAUGAAGAAAAAGGAAAUGUUUAUUUUGGAGAAGAAGAUAUCUACCUCUAAUGAACAGUUUACUCCUGUGUUUGUGAAGUGUAGUCUUCUUUGUUGACAUUAAAGUUUCACAGGAAAAAAGAGUUAUAGGAGUCACACUUAUAAUGAACUUGGUGCUUGUAAACAUGUGCAGAUGACUGAUUCUCAGUUGCCUUUAUAUUUAGUACUAUAUAAAACAUAUCAUGAACAUGUGGAAUAGAAUAUAGGGUGUUUAAAUAAGGAAUCAAAAUUAAUUGUUGCUGAUACUUAGCUUUAAGUAUGUGUCAUGUGCUUAUUCUUAAAGGAUGUAAAAUGUAAAAAAUAGUUCUGUACUGAUUUGGUGGUGAAUAAAUUAUCUGUAUAAUAAGGCUCUAAUUUUAUUGAGAAAAUGAUUCCUGUCAUAGUUGAUACAUAUACUGGUCUUUUAUUGCUUAUUGUAAUUAUCAUUUCUUAAAUAUAUAUAUUUUUUUUAGAUCCAAACAUACUGUAUUUUUUGACUUUAACUAAAUUUGUUAUACUGACAUAUUUUUAACG